ACGCAGGUGCGUGUCAGCUACUUCCCUUAUGUUCUCUCAAUGAGCUGUGAGGGGGAAUCACGGCAGCUGCAGCUCCUAUUCAGCUGGGGAGCGAACAGUUACGGACAGCUGGGACUUGGCAGCAGUAACGAUGAACUGUUACCACAGCGAGUUACACACUUCCCAGACAGCAAGCGAGUGAUAACGUGUAUCACUGGAGGGGGAGGACAUUCGGCUGCUGUCACCGAUGCUGGAGAGUUGUAUGUUUGUGGUCAGAAUAAGGACGGACAGUUAGGUUUGAAUCACACAGACAACGUCCCACAUUUCUCCUUCUGCUCUGCUCUCCGAAGCAUACGCGUUUCCAAAGUUUCCUGCGGGUGGGAUUUCACCCUAAUCCUAACAGAUAAUGGUCAAGUUUUAUCAUGUGGAUCCAAUGCGUUUAGCCAGUUGGGAAUACCCCAGGUGAAAUCAUGUUCGGUUCCCGAGCCAGUUCAGAAUCUCCAUGAGAAGGUUACAGAUGUUGCCGCUGGCCUAAGACACACUCUCGCCCUUACAGAGAGUGGACAGAUCUACCAGUGGGGUCUUGGAAUGGCUUCUCAUGCAAAAAGAUUUUCCCGUGGGAAUCCCAUCUCCCCUUUCUUUACUGCUAAAGAACCGUGUCAAAUUCCAGGUUUAGCAAAUAUAAGAGGGAAGAAAGUGAUUGCUGGCUCCUACCAUUCAGUGGCGCUAACAGAUCUUGGAGAACUGUACGUUUGGGGCAGCAACAAGCAUGGACAAUUAUUACAGAAAGAGCCUUUUGGGUUGCAGCCUCAAAAAAUCGAAUCACAAUUUUUCUUGGAAGAAAGGAUACAAUCUGCAUGGAGCGGCUGGACACACCUGGUUGCUCAAACUGACACUGGAAAGGUUUUCACUUGGGGUAGAUCAGACUACGGGCAGCUUGGUAGAAAGAAUGUGCAGGAUAAGAGUGACCAAGAGGAGGUGCUGCUGGAGGAGUAUUGCACUGAAAAAUCCCCGAAACCUCCUACCUGUAUUCAGUGCUUAACAGGGGCACAGCAGAUUGCUUGUGGAUCUGAACAUAAUUUAGCUUUAUGCGGGAAUGCAGUGUUUUCAUGGGGAUGGAAUGAACAUGGUAUGUGCGGCAAUGGCUCAGAAACCAACGUAGAAAUUCCAACACAAGUUAACGUCCCUCUUUCUGCGGCUGUGAAGCUGAUUGCGUGUGGAGCCGGACACUCCUUGAUUUGUGUAACUCCAGACAAUGGUAUCUCCAUAUCACAUUGAACAUCUACAGGUGCCAAUGCCUGAUUAAACUACUGUCAGGACACAUCUAAUAGAAAAUCACCUACUGCACAAAUGUUAGCACUUGGUCUACCAUGCUGGCACUGCAACCAGUUUAUCUAUCGGAUGAAGCUUUGUCUGGUUUUGUUUCAGUACCAUGGUUGUCCUUCAAGAAGAUGUCAACAAAAACCCACCACUUCUCUACUGUCCUGGUGUCCUACAUCCAGCAUAAAGGACCUCUUGACAUAGUCACCAGUAUCACACCUGUUUUUUUCCCCCACUGAAGGCCCCUAUUACUGGACCAUGAAGGUUGUUGGAAGAGGUGAAAUACAUGCAGAAAAUACAUCAGUGGAUUUUAAUGUAAUCACCUUCCCUCCCUCCUCAUUAGGACUUACAGCACCUAUUGGUUCAAGGCAGGAGUAAUGUAGCUACACAUUGACUAGCAAGAAACUCACACCCAGUCUGCAGGUUGCUAUAGUGAAUUUUAUGAGCUAGAAGAUAAAAUCCCACCCAUCCAUCGUGGGAAAAAUAUAUUUUUCUAUGCGAUUAAGCAAAAAUAAAUGGUGGUAAUCUGUUUUGAGUGUCAGAGGUAUAACUUUCCUUUUGGCACUCAAAAGGUUAUGCUACCAAUGAAAAGAAGGUCCAUGACCCAUGACUUACCCUUGCAUAU